GGGCGGGCCAACACAACACCCAGCCCGCCGCCUGCCUCCUGCCUCCUUGCUUCUCUCGACCAGCCCGAGCCCAGAGCGGCCAGCAGCCAUGGAUAUCAGUCUGCCCGAAGAUCUCGACUCGUGCAGUCGCGCCGCCCUCCAGAAGCUGUGCAAAAAGUACGGCCUGAAGGCCAACGGGAAGAAUGUGGACUUGAUCAAUUCACUCCGUGCCCUGGCCUCGAGCUCCGGUCACUCGUUUCCCGAAACUGCCGAUAACGAUAGCUCCACCGGGCAUUAUGUGAGUGAUCAGGACAGCCAGGAUAACAGCGGCCAUGCAGCCGAUGUACUGGGGAGCAACGACGCCCAAGUGGAAGGUGCCAAUGGAGAAUGGACCAAUCGAGAAUGCGCCAAGUAUGCCUCUGAAGCCCUUGACCAGGUGGCUGAUCUUCAGCUGGGGCUCAACCGGAUAACGAUCCAUGAACAAACGGUUGACCGACAUGAUAUCAACGUGUCCCUCCUAGUAACGGGUGUUGAUGAACUCGCAAGCCACUGCAAAAUCGAUCGUGUGAGCGAAGAUAUCACGCAGAACGUCACCGAGACACUAGCCGCAACCAUGCAACCACUCAACACACAAAACGGCAUCGAAACCGGCGCCGCCAGCUCGCCAGCGCAUGCCAAUGAAGACAGCUUCGAACACGAACCCACAUCAGCGACCAAGAUUUACGAUGCAGUUUCAAGCGAAUUUAUGAGCGAGCUUGAAGAAAGAGUGAUAUUCACAAGGAACAACAUGACUCCCGAGGAAAUCCAGGCGCUCUGUGGAUUCACUCCAAAGGCUGUCAAGACCAACAAAAAAGUGGGAAUGUUUGAUGCGGUGCACAGGCGACAGUUUCAGCAUAUGGCGAGCAUCUCAGAGCACUUUGCAGCCAAGCGCCAGACGACUCCCAAUCCAUCUCGCACGACGCUUUCCCAAGUUCAAUCCUCACAAAAGCGGGUGGUCGUCUCAGCAACCGACAAAAGCCCCCAAACACUGAAGAAACGACGAACCGAGAAGGGCGUCGCGGAGAUAAAAAAUGUGCACACCCACAAGCCCCAAGUCUCAAAGGGAUCAACCAGCAGCUUCAGCAGUCGUGGCAGCCUCACAAAGCUUGCUACUGGAUUCAAAAGCGCUCCUCUAGCAAAGGGUGGAAAGUCAUCCUUGCCUGUAGUUCGACCAACACUGACAUCUCAGCGUCGCGAGCUCAUGUCCAAGGUCAAAGCUGGCGCAGAUAGCCAGUCCAAUCCAGGAGCAUCGGCCGAAACGAACGCCAUGAAUAUGGAGCUCCGAAUCGCUCCGGCGCCACUGGCAGAGCCGCGAGCUGUUCGAUCAAAACCCGAGGAGGUUGCAGCCACAAGCGCGCCGUCUCCUCUCACAAUCGAGAACUUACCCGGUGGACUGGUCACGGAAACUGCCGCUUCAAAGCGCUCCCUUGAUGCAACAGCCACGCCUGUCAAGAAGGAGAUUCAGAAAAGCCCACCAAAGUCCAAGCUGACCAAAUCGCCGUCCAUGUCCAAUAUACGGUCACAUCUCAAUCGAGUCGAGCACCCAAAUAGGAUUCGUCGGGCAUCCAUCAGCACCACCAACCUGCCACUGACCAACGGAGCUGCAAGUGCGCCGCCGGUCAAGAAGAAAUUUGAUCUUGCCGAAAGCCUGUCGCGACCGCUCACAUGGAUUCCUCACAAGGGGAAACUGAAUGAAUGGGGUGCAUCUCAGAAGAAAUGAACUCCCAAACGGCGUUAAUCCGCGCAUAAGAAUAAGGGGACGCCGACUGCCUCGACGACGGGCCAGAUUGCUUCUUCUCCACCUAAAGGCGAUCGUGCCCACAACGGCACCGAAUCAUGGAACUCCGUGGUUGCACACUCUGUGGCUGUAUUUCUCUGUGCGGCUGUUACCUCCGUGUGUCGACAGUCAAUUUUGUUGUGGAUUUGGAAACACACGGUUUUGAAUACAUCCGAUCGAUAACA